AUGGUGAUGAAUGCUUAUGUUCAAUUAGGGAAACUAGAGAAUCCAGUCAAAGUGUUCGAUGAAAUGCAGGGUAUGGGAAUGAACCCUUUUGUCUCCUGCUACAUACCAUUGAUCACUGCAUACAUCCCUCUUUUAACAACCGCAAUCAAGUUGAAACUUACAAUGGAGAAGAAUGGAAUCAACCCAAAUGCCGUAAGUUACAACACAAUAAUCCAUGGAUUCUGUAAAGAAGGGAAACUACAUGAUGCUUUUAAAGUUUUCCAUGAAAUGAAAAGGGUAAAUGUGGAUCCUAAUACUGAAAAACAAAGAAAGCUGCCUUAUUUGGUUAAAGAACUUGAUAAAAAGAAUUUAGUACCAAAUUCUUCAACAUUUUCUGCCCUAAUUAAAGCCCAAUGUGCUCGAAAGAACCCAGAUCGUGGUUUUCAACUUGAUAAAAGCAUGGUGAAAAGUAAUUUGUUUCCAAAUGAAGAUACUGUGAAGAUGUUGAUUUUAUCAUUCUUGCAAACGGAUGAUUAUGAUGGUGCUUUUGGUGUUUUUAAAAGAGAUGUUAGAGAGGCCUAUUGGGCCUGA